GUCAUUUGUCAAUGAGAUUGAGGUUGUAGUGGAUAUCUUUGAUUAUCGGAAUCAAGUUAUUUUCAUUUUUAUAACCAUUUUUCUAUAUAACUUCAUAAUUUAUAUUUUGUAUUUAUAUUAGUAAGCAGAGUAAUUAAUACAUCUUAAUCUAAAUGACACUUUCAAUAUUUGUAUACCAAAUAUUUUAGCUGUUUACAAUAACAUAACCUUAAAUAUUGUUCAGAGUGACUUUUGUGUUUUGUAAUUCUGAGUGGUUUCCGUGUUUAUAUAAAAAGUACUAUGUAUAGUUUUGAGGGUGAAUUUAGAAGAACACCAGAACAAAAUUUAUCAGGUGCAAGUAAAAAAGAAAAGCGUGAUGAACUUCUAAAUAGGGCUCAUUAUGAACGUUUAAAAAGAGAGGAGUGUCGCCGUAGAGAAAAAAGUACAUUAACAAUACAGUCAUAUUUGCGAAGCUACAUUGUCCGCCAGUCACAGAAGAAUAUUCAUAGACAGGAAUUCGAUGCCACUACCAAGAAAGUUGAUUUGGAUCCAGACAGUGCAACUCUUACACUACUUGUGCAGAAACUGCUUUUCUUCUACAAAGCAGACGUUGAUACUACUCGACUGAUAUACAUAUGUCGGAUUGUAUUGAAGCACUGUAAACGUCUGAUGGUUGCUUGCAUGGAAGAUGCACUGUGGAACUUCCGCCUCCGAAAGCUGCUCAAGAUCUGCAUGUCUGGGUUUGGGUCAUCGCUGAGUCGAGAAAUGGUCCCAACUCCUUUGCGGAUCUUUGAGAUCGUUACCUCUCAAGGAGUUCUGGAGAAAGACAUAAAACUUAGUAGAGAUCGUGCCAUAGGUUUCCUUGUACAGAUGUUUAAAUUCUUGGUGAGUCAAGGCUACCUGGGACAUAUCCGCUAUCUGCUGGACAGCACUUGCCCGCCUCUUCUGUCCGCCAGCCCUUCCCCACCCACUCAACUUGCUGAGUGUCUCUACGAUCUCAUUACCCGCCCUCUCCACCUCAUCAACCUUACCCAGGACACAGAGUACAGACAGUUGGUACUGGAACAGAUGGCCCGACAGUUGUUGUGUGUGGAACUGUCAGAGCCGAUGACUUUGUUCGUGUUGCCAGCCCUGUCAGCUGACCCCCAGUUUCCUCUGAGACCUCUGCUACACCUGCUCAACUCUCGGAAGCUGCCUUCAACCACUUGGCUGCUCUAUAGUGUACUUGUGCUCGACCACCACCUAACCUUCAACACAGAAAGUGAGCUGAUAGACUAUCUGCAAGUGUUAGCGCAACUAACCAAGAACUUUGGUCAACUGCUGACACCACCCUCACAUGAAGAUGAUGAUGACGAUGAUAGUGACACAGAGGUGGUCGAUAACUACAACAAGGCUGAGACAAAGGAGCUGGAGCAGUGCCUAGAGUUGCUGAACGAGACGGAGAAGGUCCACCGGUUGUUGGCGGCUAUCGACCAGACGGCACAGCCAAUUGUGCUGCAAGCUCUGUGUCAGGUGUGCCACAAUGUUCUCAUAUUGCAGAAACUGGCCACCCAAAAGCACAGGCUUCUGUAUCUCCUGGCUCUGAGACCAAAGUUUCUGCAGCAGCUGUGGACUGCUAUCGUGAACGCCAACCAAACCUCUCUGUUCGGCUCUCCUACUCCUCUACUCAAUGUCAUCUCUAGGGGUAUAGCCAUGACGGAGCAAGAGACGGAGCGGAUAGUCCCUCUCCUUGCCACGUUCUGUUCACUCUUCUCCUUGCUGGUGGCAACACUUCAUGACGCCGAGUUCUACAAUGACGACGAUGUCAUGGUGAGGGGGGUGGCAACGAUGCCUUUUCCGUUGCCCACACUGGUUGCCAUGACAAUGAAGCUGAAGGAGGUUAGUCUGGGUCUAGUGGAGUUGGCGUUCCCUGACUCCAGACCCAUUGUCAAGGACCAAUACCGAUCGGCUGUGUGUGUCGACGAGACUACACAUGCCAACACCAUCAUGUGGUCUCACCUUUUCAAGGCUUGUGUGUCGCUGCUGCGUCAGCUGUACGGGAGAGACUUGCGGCGUUCCUACUGCCCAGAUGGACACUGGAUCUCGCAGCAGGUUACCAUGUCACUGGCCAUGGACCGGCCCUCAGAUGCUACGCUGCGCCGUCGCAGUCGUCUCCGGCAGCAUUACCGCCCCUUCCACUUUGAACCUGCAUUUACACGUGAGGAGCUCGAAGAGGGACCUCCACCAUCGACCAAAGAAGUGAGGACGUUGACCAUAUUGAAGGAAAUUCCAUUUGUUGUUGCCUUCCAAGAACGAGUCAUUGUUUUCCAAAGUUUAGUACUCAAAGACAAGGUGAACCACCACUCGACAGCAAGGACCUUCCUUCAUGGCCCUGCGAUUUCGAUCAUAGUCAGACGAAACUACCUCUAUGAAGAUGCAUUUGACAAACUGUCACCAGAAAAUGAGCCGGAACUGCAGCUAGCCAUGAGAGUGCAGCUGGUGAACACCAUGGGGCUGGACGAGGCGGGAGUAGAUGGAGGUGGAGUGUUCAGGGAGUUCCUGUCGGAGCUACUCAAGACCGCCUUCGAUCCCAACCGGGGUUUCUUCCGACUCACCAAGGACAACCUGCUGUAUCCAAACCCUCAUGUACAUCUACUGCACCAGAACUUCCUCAACCAUUACUACUUCAUCGGGCGGAUGCUCGGCAAGGCUCUGUACGAGAACUUGCUGGUGGAGUUACCACUGGCAGAAUUUUUCAUGUCCAAGGUGAUUGGGAGACACUCGGAUGUGGACAUGCACCACCUGGCGUCUCUGGAUCCUGUCAUGUAUCGGAACCUGCUGUACCUCAAGAACUACGAGGGAGAUGUCACUGAACUGGGCCUGGAUUUCACUGUUGUCCAUGACGAACUGGGUGAAACUAAGGUAGAUGAGUUGAAACCUAAUGGAUCAAACAUUCCCGUGACUUCAGCAAACAGGAUAGAGUACAUCCAUCUUGUUGCUGACUACAAACUGAACAAACAGAUCAAAAUGCAAUGCUCAGCAUUCAAACAGGGUCUAGCCAAUGUAGUUUCACUGGAGUGGCUCCAGAUGUUCAGCAGCAAGGAGUUCCAGGUACUCAUCUCUGGGGCAGAGAUUCCAGUUGAUGUUCACGAUCUACAGCUACACACAAGUUAUGCAGGGGGUUACUCUGCAGAGCACCCGACCAUCAAGAUGUUCUGGACGACGGUCUCUGAGUUCAACGACAUCCAGAGGAGACAACUGCUCAAGUUCGUCACCAGCUGUUCAAGGCCACCUCUCCUUGGCUUCAAGGAGCUGGAUCCACCCUUCUGCAUUCAACACGCAGGAGUGGCUGAUCGCCUGCCCUCUGCCUCAACGUGUAUGAACCUACUCAAACUGCCAGAGUUCAAGUCUGAAUCCCUGCUCAAGGACAAACUGCUAUAUGCCAUUCAGUCAGGGGCGGGUUUUGAACUCAGUUAAUAAGUCUUAAGCUGGUCCAAAGUCUUUCAUUGUAUAUAUUGUAUAUAAUAACCAUUAUUAUAUAAUUAAUUAUAUAAAUAUAGUACUGGUUGUA